AGCGAUGGGUACGCAGACAGCAGAGCUCCUGGACUAAGUCUCUGAAUGCGUAUCACCAGAUACCUCCCUUUGCUGAUCCCCAGAGGCUCCUGUUAAUCAACCUUGGCAGGGCCCAAAACCCCACCUCCUUGGAAAACUCAAGGAGCCUGACAUCUGCCCGUGACGAGCUUUCACAGAGGCCUCACAAGAGCUCACGCAAUCUCUCCUGGCAGCAAACUGCCCAAGCGAGCCCAUUUCCUCAAAAGAUGGUGGAGGACUUAGCAGCCUCCUAUAUCGCCCUCAAACUGGAGAAUGAGAUCCUGCAGGCUCAGGUGCAGAGGCUGAUGGAGGAAAAUGCUGCCCUGCAGGCCCAGAUCCCCGAGCUCCAGAAGCCCCGAGCAGCGACCCAGGAGCCCGCAAAACCCUCAAAGCCCCUGGAUCCCUCAGCAUCCUGGGACCCCCCAGCGCCCCCAGGGUCUGAGGAGCCCCAGAAGCGCAGAGAGCCCCAGGAGCUCCCAGCCUGGGGGACCCCAGCAGCCCAGGAGCCCAAGGCGACUCCAAGGGCCCAGGAGACCCAGAAGCCCCGGGCACUUCCACCUGUCCAUGGGCUCUCACCCGCCUGCGAGUCUCAAAAGCCUCCAGAGGCUAAGGAGCUCGAGAAGCCCCCGAUGGCCCUGGAGAACCAAAAGCUCCUGGAAGUCAAGGAGGCCCAAGAGCCCCCUGAUCCCAAGGAUGCCCCGGAGGCCCAGCAUUCAGGGCCCCAGGACCCCCCAAAUGCCCAGGAGCCCCAGGAGACUCCAGAAGGCCAGGAGACCUCAACAUACCUGGAGCCUCAUGAGCAUCGGGCUCCCCAGGGACCUCUGGAGUCCCUCUUGCCUCCGGAGCCCCUGGAUCCUUCAGAAGCCCAGGAGCGCCUGGAGGGCCUAGUAGCUGUGGAGACAUCAGCCGCUUCCAAGUUGCCACAGCCCCGCGGUGGGUUAGAGGCGGAAGCUUUCCUCUUAGAAUACCCUUUAGCCUUCAACGGGAAUGCCCAGAAGCUUCCUGAGUUCCUGGUUCAGUUGAAUAGUUACAUGAGAGUCAGAGGGCACCUGUAUCCCACCGAAGCCGCCUUAGUGAGCUUUGUUGGCAACCGCUUCUCAGGCGAGGCAGGAAGGUGGUUCCAGCCCUUAGUAGAUAUUCAAAGCCCCCUGCUGGAGCAAUUUGAAAGCUUCAUGCAAGUUCUCCAGGAUACAUUUGACAACCCAGAAAACAUGGACAAUGCCAACCACCGCCUCCGUCAGCUUUGCCAGGGGGAAGACCCUGUCCAGUACGCGACCCACUUCCACCUCAUCGCUCAAGUGCUAAACUGGGAUCGAAGCCCUCUCUGCAUCCAAUUUCAGGAAGGGCUCGCUAGCUCUUUCCGAGACGAACGGUCUCACACAAGCCCAGCCACCGACCUACCUGAUCCCAUCAGCCAGCGUAUCAGCGCAGAAGAGAAGCUAAGCGGUAAGCCUGAUCUCAACGCACAAGGGGCCAGUUCCUCUGAGGAGAGAGCUGGGCCCGAGGGUCCACCAGCUGGAAACCGACCUGUGCAGGAAGCAAACAACCGCCCACACCUCAGCGAAGCUGAGCGGGCCCGCCGCCGUGUAGGCCAUUUGUGCCUCUACUGCGGUCAUCCUGGCCAUUUUGCCAGAGAUUGCCCUGUCAAGCCUCAUCGUGCCCAGCAGGCGGGAAACUUCGAGGCCCGGCGGUAAGGGGGAACCCGGGCGGGCCAAUCUACAAAUAUGCAUCCCCCUCACUU